AUGGCUUUGCUGUGCGCCUUGUCCGUGUGUGCCUUCCACCUCGCCGCAGUCCUUGCUGUCGAUCCAGCCGUUGCCCUGGACUACGCCACCUAUCAGGGCACUCCGUACGGGGAUGCCACCACCGAGUGGCUGGGCAUCCGCUACGCAGCCCCUCCUACUGGUCGUCUCCGCUUCGCCGCCCCCCAGGAUCCGCUGCCUGCCGUCGGUGUAACCAUCGCCAAUCAGCACGGCCCCCUCUGCAUCGCGACCGGCGCCUCGCCAUCCGUCACGACAACCUCAGAGGACUGCCUAUUCCUGGACGUCUACGCCCCGAGCGGUGCCACCCGGGACUCCCAACUACCCGUCUACUUCUAUAUUCAGGGCGGCGGCUUCAACGGAAACUCUAAUGCAAACUAUAACGGCAAAGGGCUGAUACAGGCCUCUGGCGGCGAAAUCAUCGUCGUGACUUUCAACUACCGGGUUGGCCCCUACGGCUUCCUUGCUGGAGACGAAGUGGCCAAGGGCGGCAGCCUCAACAACGGCCUGAAAGAUCAGAUCAAAGCGUUGGAAUGGGUCCAGAAGUAUAUUAGUCAGUUUGGCGGAGAUCCGCAUCACGUCGUGCUUGGCGGCAGCAGUGCCGGAGCAGCCGCAAUCACUCUCCUGCUGACCGCUUACGGCGGCCGCGACGAUGGCCUGUUUCAGGCCACCGCCGCCGAGAGCCAGUCGUUCGGUACCGUCCUGACGUAUAACGAAAGCCAAUUCAUGUACGACAACCUGGUCAUCCGGACCGGCUGCGCCAGCUCGAUCGACACCCUUGCCUGCCUGCGCAGUCUUCCCGUCGCCGCACUGCAAGCCGAGAACUUCAACACGCCGCUGCCGGGCGCCCAGAACGCGCCGCUCUACAUGUACAGCACCACCAUCGACUAUGACUUGGUGCCCGACUACACGUACCGCCUCUUCGCCCAAGGCAAAUUCAUCCACAUGCCAACCCUCUGGGGUGACGUGACCAACGAAGGCACCACCUUCACCCCCCAGAACACGUCCACCAUCGGCGACUCGGACACAUUUCUAAAGGACCAAUUCCCCGCCCUGUCUCUCGGCCAGCUCGGCCACAUCAACGACCUGUACCCCGUUGACGGCACGCCGACCUUCCCCGGCGCCGGGCCCUACUGGCGCCAGGUCAGCAACGCGUACGGCGACAUGCGCUACACGUGCCCGGGCUUCUACGUCGCCUCGCAGUACACCCGCGUCGGCUGCCCGUCCUGGAACUACCUCUGGAACGUGCAGGAUCCCACCCAGGUGGCGCAGGGGCUCGGCGUCCCGCACACGGUCGAGCUGAACGCCAUCUGGGGCCCGGAGAACGUCAACGGCGCCGCCCCCGCGAGCUACUACCCGGGCGGCGUCAAUUCUGAGAUGGUGCCCGUCGUCCAGGCGUAUUGGACCAGCUUCAUCAAGUGCUACGAUCCCAACCCGUACAGGCUGCCCGGAACCCCCAAGUGGGAGGAGUGGCAGUACAACCUUGACACGGGCUUCAAUCGCUUCGUGUUUGAGACGAAUCAUACACGCAUGGAGAAUGUAGAUGCCGCGCAGAAGGGCAAGUGUGGAUAUUUGACGAGCAUCGGUGUGGCCAUCAAGCAGUAG